AUCAAUACUUCUCAAAUGAGUAAUGAUACUCUCCCUUCACAACUCCAACGAUUACUAGAUUCAUUCCACUCCCAGCUGGAUGAUUCUUUAAUUGUUGCUAUUGCGAGUGACUAUGAUCUAAGCACAAAGACUGGCUAUGAUGAAGCCUGUUCCACUUUGCAUAGUCUUGCACAGAAUGCGGCUAUUGAAGAAGCCAGCAGCUUCGACCCAAGCGGCGUAUAUCGAUUUACAGAAUAUGAAAACCAAAAUCUGAUCGAUGAUUCGGCUCUUAGCUCAAAUUCCAACCAGGGGAACGACUUAAUUGAUGGCGUAAAGUCGAACUAUGAAGAAAUUGAUACUCCAUUAUCCUUGGGCUCUGCCAAUGUCGUGAUAUCAGACGCAGAGUUGUCCAAAUCUGAAAUUCUCGAAAGAGACGCUGUACAACUCCAGAGUCUAUUCCCUGGAAUAGACGGUCUUGAUAUCAGACAUGUCUUGACUAACGCAAAUGGUGUCGUUGCCGCUGCCUUGGAUAGUCUACUCAAUUUACAAUACCUCCAGUCUAUAAGCCAUCAAACUGCCUCAUCGGAUGGGCUACUCGGGGCCGACGACUCCAGGGUCCAAUAUGUUGGCAAAGCUGGUGAUGCAGGAUAUGACAAACGAUACGAGAUCGGCGCGAGCAAGUCAAGUGGAUUGAAAACUCCAGCAGCUAUUACCUACAUAGCAGAGCGACUAAACAUGUCCACAGAGGAAGUCUCCAUAAUGUAUGCUGAAAGCGGGAAUUCCAGAAGUGCCACUGUAAUUGGAAUAUUAGAUCAGCACCUACUGCAAGAAAACGACGAACUACUGACAAAUGAAGAGAAGAAGGCAGUGAGCGAUCUCAAACAAAAGUAUCGCAAUGUUCCGGAAAGCUAUUUGCAAGUUAUUAUUCGGAUAGCAGGACCAAUGUCCACAUACUCUAUGGAGCUCGCGUCGUUGACGAACACGUAUUUCAGCAAACGAUCGAUGAAUCAGAAAAUUGAGUUGCGGUAUAGGCUGACGCCGCUACCUCACGAGGACAUCGAAGGGAUGACGGGAGCGGCUGUUGAUACUCUGGCGGAAGGGAAAAGAAUUCCCCAUAGGUCUACCCCAGUGGGAAAGACCGAUGCUGAUUUAGCCCGGGCGCUGCAGACAUCAAACGCUUUACACAGGCAGAAACAAGACGCGAUGGCGUCCGCAGCAAGUCUCUACCGGCGCGGAGCAUCAAAGCCACUCUAUCGACAGGCAGCAGGUUAUUAUGCGCAACAGGCUCGCGAGCACGCAAGACGUGCCCAGGACGCUACGUCAACUGUAGCUGACAUACAUGUCGAUCAACAGAGUACUGAUACGACGGUGGACUUGCACGGUGUGUCUGUUCUCGAUGGAGUUCGCAUUGCUCGCCAACGGGCAGUAGAUUGGUGGCAAAGACGACGUGAAUCACGAUAUGAAUCACGAUAUGAAUCACGAUAUGAAUCACGAGAAGGCCAUUUACCGGAGCAAACCCUCACCAUUAUAACUGGUUUGGGCCACCAUAGUGCUGGGGGUGUUUCACCACUUCGGAAGGCUGUGGCUGCAGCACUUACGCGGGAUGGAUGGAAAUUCAGGAUUGAAACUGGAAAGUUUGUUCUUACAGGUCGAUAGAGAUGGAUGAUUAUAAUGAUAGAAGUAGUAAAUAUUGUAGAUAGAUAGAUAUUUUUGGCAAUGUAUAUAUG